CUCCCGCUUGACCCCUUUCCUCCCGGGCAAGAUGGCGGCGUGGCGGCGGUUACUAGGCGACGGGGGCGUCCGGGGCGCCCUCGGGAGGCUCCGGUUUUCCUGCCUGGAUGAUGGAAGGAAGUCUUUUACUCGUAGCCAUUGGAAAAAUGCUUUACAGCAGCCCCCGAAAAUUUGUUGGAGGCUUUGUCCAGCCAGAAACUUCGCCUCAGCUGCUGCUGCUGCUGCUGCCAAAUCCACAGAAGAAAACAUAUUAAAAUGGGGACUUCUGCUCAUCCCAAUAGGUUCAUUUUUCCUUGGCUGUUGGCAGGUUCAGCGGCGGGAAUGGAAGCUGAAGCUGAUCGCUGAACUGGAAAGCAGGGUUUCUGCUGAGCCAGUUUCACUGCCAACAGACCUCUAUGAACUGAACGAACUGGAAUACGUGCCAGUCAAGGUCAGAGGUCAUUUUGAUCACACCAAGGAGCUGUACGUGCUCCCACGUUCCCCAGUGGACCCUGAGAGAGAAGCCAGGAAUGCCGGCCGUAUCAUGUCUAAUGUAGAGAGUGGAGCCCACGUCAUCACCCCCUUUUACUGCACUGACCUUGGGAUAACGAUUCUUGUCAACAGAGGAUUUGUUCCCAGAAAGAAGAUGAAUCCAGAGACCAGGUUAAAGGGACAGAUCCAAGGGGAUAUUGAACUCACCGGGCUGGUGAGGCUAUCAGAACCUCGGAGAGCUUUUGUGCCGGAAAAUAACAUCGAACAAAACAUUUGGUUUUAUCGUGAUUUGGAUGCCAUGGCCAGGGUCACGGGAGCAGAACCCAUUUUUAUUGAUGCAGAUUAUAGGAGCUCAGUUCCCGGAGGACCGAUCGGGGGCCAGACCAGAGUAACUUUACGAAAUGAGCACAUGCAGUAUAUACUUACUUGGUACGGUCUGUGUGCAGCCACUUCCUUCUUGUGGUACAAGAGGUUCAUUCAGAAGGUGCCUUUCUGAGUCCUACAACCGUUGGAUGAAUGUGGCUUGGGUGUGGCUUUAAAAAGUGGCCAUCUAGCCCAGGUCGUAGAAUGGAGCGUUUGCAAGAUGAUUUAAGACUUCUUGGUGGCACUCAAGCCAGGAAUUGCUGGAAACCAGGCAGUUUUCUCUCAAAAGUAAGCUGAUCACCGUAUAUUUGGGGAAAUAUUGCUGGUUAUCAGAAGACAAUUAAGUAGUGGGGAGUCUUGAAGGAAAAAAAGUCGCCAAUGAACAAGAAAUUGAUUAAAAUUAGGCAUAAGAGGUACCCUAUAUUUGUGGUAAUACGAAUCGUGUUUCUUGAAAAAUUGACUGCAAAUAAAAUGUCUUUUUACCGUG